CUCGCCCAGUUGUUAUGACGACACGGUCGUAAAUCCGCCAUUUUGCCUUGUGCUGCAGCCGCUGUGCGCUCGGUUCUUGCGACAGAAGGAGGAGAAGUCCCAGCUGGGAUGAGCUCAGAGCUCGGUGCGGGGGCAGGGGAGGCUGCUAGUUCAGCCGGCGCCCUCGUCAGCCUGGAAGUGCCUGGGACUCCGCUUAUUACUUGUUUCAAGGAGGAAGAUGAAGACGAUGUGCACAAAUGCGGCCGCUGUCAGGCUGAAUUCACGAGCCUGGAAGAGUUUGUCCACCACAAGAUACAAAAGAUUUGCUUGAGAGCCCCGGAUCCCAACCUGGUGUCCACCGGUGCGGCACUGAACGGCCAGGAGCAGGUAGUGCCCUCUAUAGAAGAGACUGAAACCAUCUCCCAAGUCAUUGUGGAAUCCACAGAAGAUGUCAGUAAUGAUCCUGAUGAAGAAGUGGAGGAUAUUAAGGACAUCCUCAGUGAGGAUAGCGCUCUAGGUGGGCAAAGAGAUGUGGAGGAGUUGGAAGUUGAAUGGGAUGAGAGUCGAGGGGAUCCGGAUCAAGAUGAUUAUGAUAAUUUGGGCCUAGUGACGAUGGUUUUGAAUGAAAGAGGCCGCUAUGUUUGCCAGCUGUGUGACAAGACAUUUAAGACCGCCAACAUAUUGAGAGCCCACAUGAUCACCCACAGCACAAAGAAGGAGUUUGAGUGCAAGCUGUGCGGAAACUCUUUCAGGACAAAGGGGUCCUUAAUACGGCAUAACAGAAGGCAUACCGAUGAGCGCCCUUACGUCUGCUCAAAGUGCGGCAAGAGUUUUCGAGAGUCGGGGGCCUUGACGCGGCACUUCAGGUCUCUCACUCCCUGCACAGAGAAGAUCCGACUCAACAUGUGCAAGGAAAUCAUGAUUUCCAAGGAGGAAUACGCUUUAGGGCUACAAAAAACAGAAAAGCUAGUCCCUACCAAAGAUGCCAACAGCAAGGUGCCGGGCGCUUCCUGCCAACUUGCCAGCGAUACCAAGGACUCUUCCCAAGUGAUCCACCUUUUGACAGAUGCCAAUGGUAACAUUUUGCAGGAAGUUCACAUCCAGGUUCAAGCACAUGACAGUGAACCAGUAUCACUUGUGCCAGAGGCUGCGGCUGCUGAGCGGUGUGCAGUAGAUGGGGAGCUGAGCAGUGACAGUCCCCUCCAUCAUAUGAACAGCUCCAGUGUUGUGAUUGAGACUGUGUCCAUGCAGGAUGUGGAGAGCGAGGAAAUAAUCAUAGCCUCAGCAGAUGAGCCACAAAGUGGCGAAAUGGACGAGUUUGUUAACGGCCAGAAAACGAUAGAUGGGACAGCAGACAGCGAUGAUCCAGCUCUGAAAUGUCCAAAGUGUAAUACCAUUUGCAUAAGUUCCAAUGCUUUGAGUGUCCACUUGAAAGGGCAUGAAGGGUGCAUGCUGUACUCGUGUGAAGUGUGCGGCAGGGAGUUCCUGAAGCGCCACCUGCUCAGGAAGCACCAGGAGUGCCAUUUCAGCGAGCGCAAAUACAAGUGCGGAGAGUGCGGCAAAAUGUACAAGACUGUCGCGCACGUCAAGGGCCACAUGAGAGUGCACUCGGAUGAUCGGCCGUACCCUUGUCCCAAGUGUGGCAAGAGAUACAAAACCAAGAAUGCACAGCAGGUCCACUCUCGCACCCACCUGGAUGAGAAGCCAUAUGUCUGCCAGUACUGCCCCAACAGCUUCCGGGAGAAGGGCUCUCUUGUCCGGCACAUCAGGCACCACACUGGUGAGAAGCCCUUCAAGUGCCACAAAUGUGGCCGAGGCUUUGCCGAGCAUGGAACUCUAAAUCGACAUUUAAAAACCAAAGGAGGAUGCAUGCUGCUAUUGUCGCUGAAAAAAAAGCCUGAUGGUGGGUCUAGCGCUGAAGAGAGCAGCGCCCUGCAGAACGAGGAGACCGCUGGGGCAUCAUCUGAGGAGUCGGAGGAACCUCACACGGUGCUAGUGGAGUUUUCUUCAGUGGUCGCCGAUACUCAGGAAUAUAUCAUAGAGACUGCUGCUGAAGACUCCGAGGCCAGUGAAGCUGCUGAGCUCAUCCAGGAUUCCGGAUCCCAAGAGGUUGACGGCCACAUCUAUUCAGUGGUUCAGCAGCUCGUAAGCGACGCAAGCCCGGGCCAACAGAUCAUUGUCCGCAACGUGUCUAUCGACGGCGAGGAGAGGGUAGAGGAAGUGCCCACUACUGACACCAUUGCUAUAGCGACUCCUGAACUGCUCACGGAGCAAGUUGCCUUGACUUUGGCCUCUGCCAUUGAGGACGGUGCUGUAGUGGCCAAGGAGGAGCCCAUGGAGGAGCAACAAAUUCCAAUCCCAGAGGAAGUGGAGAUGAUGGAGCACGCAGGGGAAUUUGUCAUUGAGUCCCAUGACGGAGAUCUAGAAGUUCAGACAGUCAUUGUGUAGGGGACCGUUUAUUUUCUUCAUUUUUAGAGAAAUCGACACAAAACACAGGGAACCAAUGACAAUGUCCCUGGAGUCAUAUGCAGUGUUCUCUCCAGCCAGGGUCUAUACAUGCUGUUUUUAGUAUGAAAUACGGAAACUGCUGCCACCCAUGUCUGGUUCUGUGUCCAGCUACAGUCUGCAGAACCAGCCAGUUAGAGGCAGCCCCUGUCACUCCAUCUUCAUUGCCUCCGCCCCUGUGUGCGUAAGGCCUAACCACUGACUUGCGCACUUGGCACUGAGCCUUGCUUUCUGUGUUCCACUGUCCGUGCCCAUUUCUGCCUGUGUCUUUUGGGUUCCCGUGCCCACUUCUUUCUCACAUUGAGAAAUCUACAGUUUUCAAGUCAUAAACAAGCCCUAGCCUAUAGCUAUGCUAUUCUGCGCGAGUAUGGCCUUUCCCAGCUGCGCCCACAGCCGGGAGAUAAAGGAAAAACUAUAUAGAAAGCCAUUGAGAUACAUAGGAAGACCCUAAUCCCCAAAUCCACCUCUGGCUGUGGCGGCCACGUUCAUAGGUGGCUUUGAGUGUUUGCGUGGAUCUAGUUCUUCUUGCCCAGUCCAGCUCUUCCAGGAACGGGGCAGUUUCUCCUCCUGCAAUAAUACCCGACGGUAAAGCACUCACUCUCUCCAAGGAAAUCCGAUCACAGGCUUUGGUAAAUGCAGCGUAGUGGCGUGAUAACUCCUCUAUUUUGUUUUAAACUUGGAUCUAAUGGAACGCACAUUAUUUUUAAUGGAAAUAGUAUGUUCUCUUCACUACCAUGUAAUUAAAGGGAUACUAUCUUCAGAA